GCUCAGUUGUAUCGAUAGCUAACGAGAAAAUCACUUUUCGAUAGUCUGAUUUCUUUUAAGUAUCGCGUCAACUGUUGUUUUGUUUUCGCAGUGUUUCAUUGGUCGAGCAAAGUGCAUUUAAUGCAGUAUCUGAGAAAGGCAAGGUCGGUGCCCUGUCGUUGGGUACUUGCUCGCAAUUUAAUACUUGUGGCUGCUACUGCUGCCGUCACAAGCCGCACGGCCUUUGCGACAACUGCUUGCAAUACGCCCAGCAAUACCUCUACCAUUGGCAACCAAAGUCAAUAUAAUAAAAUUAGCAAUAUGGAUUCGGCUCCUGUUUAUGAAGCCGGCAGUAGCUCUGUGGCAUUUGUAACCACACCUGACAAGGAGUCUGCAAAGAAACUCGCACACGGCAUCAUCGAACGCAAAUUAGCAGCCUGUGUGAAUAUUAUACCACAAAUCGAGUCAAUCUAUAUGUGGGAAGGUAAAGUCAACGAGGAUAACGAAUAUCUUAUGAUGAUCAAGACACGCACUGCCCGCAUCGAUGAGCUGAGCAAGUUUGUACGGGAGAAUCAUCCAUACAGCGUGGCGGAGGUAAUAUCGCUACCAAUACAGGCUGGAAAUGCACCGUAUCUGAAGUGGAUAAGCCAAACAGUACUGGACAGUAAAGAAAAAAGAGAAAACGAAAAUGAAUAAACGAUUAAGCCCA